UGUCUCUAAUUUCAUAUUCCAACACAUUAAUUGUUCCUCCUCUCCCUUUCUCUCUGUCUCAUAGAUCACGCAAUGGCAAGUUCAACCUUUGCAGUCAACCGAAGGUUGGAAGGAAAAGUGGCACUGAUAACCGGCGGAGCCAGUGGCAUUGGGAAACGCACUGCAGAAGUAUUCGCACAGCAUGGAGCCAAAGUAAUGAUUGCAGACAUCCAAGAUGAACUUGGACAUUCUGUUGCUCAAUCCAUAGGGCCCUCAAUUUGUUCAUACGUCCACUGCGAUGUCACUGACGAGAACCAAGUCAAAAAUGCAGUGGACACAACCGUAGAAACAUAUGGGAAGCUAGACAUCAUGUUCAACAACGCCGGCAUAGUUGAUCCCAACAAGCCCCGAAUCAUUGACAAUGAUAAGGCAGAUUUCGAGCGCGUGCUCAGUGUCAAUGUCACAGGUGUUUUCCUGGGCAUGAAACACGCAUCACAGGCCAUGAUCCCAGCUCGUACGGGUAGCAUUAUAUCUACGGCUAGCAUAAGCUCUUACCUUGGUGGUGCUGCUUCGCAUGCAUAUUGUUGUGCUAAACAUGCUGUUGUUGGUUUAACUAAAAAUGCAGCCGUUGAGCUUGGCCAAUUCGGGAUAAGGGUGAAUUGUUUGUCACCUUACGCUCUUGCAACUCCUUUGGCCACCAAGUUUGUUGGAGCUAGUGAUGAGGAGUUUGAGAAUAUAAUGAGCUCGCAGGCUAAUCUCAAGGGUGUGACCCUUAAAGUUGAUGAUGUAGCAAAUGCAGCACUUUAUUUUGCUAGUGAUGAUUCAAGGUAUGUGAGUGGUCAUAAUUUGCUCAUAGAUGGAGGAUACAGCAUUGUUAAUCCCUCGUUUCCAAUGUUUAACUACUCGAACUCUUGA